GCACGUACGGUCCCUUCUGACCUACGAAGAUGAAGAGCAAGAAGAGGCACGCCGACCGGCUGAGCACUCUCCCAGACGAGAUGCUACAGCACAUCCUCUCCCACCUUACGUCCGAGGAAGCCGUGCAAACAAGCCUGCUCUCCCACCGGUGGCGCGACGUCUACGCCGGCGUCCCCGUCGUCGACCUCCUCGACCCAAAGAGUGGCAGGAACAAGCAAGAACAACUGGUCUGCUUCGACCAGCAGGUGACGGGCGCGAUCCUCUGCAAGUCCCCCGGGACGCCCAUCUCCACCUUCCGCCUCAACGCCUUCAGCCCGCCGCUCGACCUGCUUCACCAGUGGAUCCUCAUCGCCGUGUCCUCUGGUGUCGAGGAGAUCGACGUCAAGCUGAGGUAUCUGCAUUGCUCCAAACGCCGUCUCUGCCCGUUUGGCUCAUCCAACAAGGCCUCGGCAGACUUCGAUCAACACGAGCGGAAAAGCUACGUCAAGACGCAGCACCAUCUCUUCGGUUGCCCCACUCUUCGACGCCUCCGCCUUGCGAACUGGACGCUCCAUCUCCCGCUGGGCGGGGUGGCCAUGUCGGCGACGUUGGAUACGCUUUGCCUUGCAAGGAUCAUGGACCCGAAAGACCAGCUGCAGCAGCUGCUUUCAAGCUGCCCGCACCUCGCUCACCUGACGCUGCAGGAGUGCCCAAGUCUCACGGACAUCACCCUAACCAGCGCCCGCCUAAAGAGCUUUGCCAUGAUCUGCUGCCACCAUGCCAGGCGCGUCGAGCUGAGCAGUCACCGCCUACAGUUGCUGCAAUACAAAGGCGGAUUGCUUCCUCACAACUCCCUCUUCAAGCUCGCAGACCACGCAGGAGUUGUGGCGUUGAAGAUUGAAAUAUGCCAAGACCUCUCCGACCAAGAGCCAACACAAUUUGCUCCGGCCACUGAGCUCAUCAAAGGGUGCACCAAACUGGCGCACCUCCACCUUUCCUUGCGCCCAUCGAUGGCUCACUGUAGCAGCUUCUUCUUCACAGAUGUGUUGCCCUGCAUGCAACAUCUCAGGCAGUUGGGCCUCCAGUGCUGCUUCCGCAAUGACAAUGACGUCAGGUCGGUUGCUGUCUUGCUAGGUGAGACCGAAAACCUGGAAGUGUUGUCGCUGUUUCCGCUUGGUUCGGAGACUCAAAAGGAUGUGGGUACAUGGUAUUGGUCUGAUAGCGAAUCAGACACCGAGCCUGAGGAUGGUGGCGGCGAUGGGGUCGACUAUAGUAGCCGGGUGACCGAUGGUUUCUGGCCAACACACAUCAGGUGCUUGGAUGAUAAGCUGAGAAGAAUCAACAUCUGGAACUACAGAGGGCUGCAACUUGAAAAGAUGCUUGCAAAGUUUCUGCUUUCCAAGGCCGCGGCUUUGGAGGAAUUUUCAGUUACCUUAACAGCUGGGUGUUCCCAAAAUAAGAGCAAGAUAGCAAAGGAGGUAAUGAGAUGA